GAGUGAUCAUACAAAAAUCUAAAUAAAAAGAUGUGGAAAAUCUGACCACAAUAAUUCUCAGCUCUUUGAUUCUGGCGUCGUUCGGUAUUGUGCUAUCCACACGUCUCUCCUACUGCCGUAGCUCCGCCGCCGCCACCGGCAGAAAUUUUCGCUGCUUUGUAUGGCUGUUGAUAUUUUCUGGUUUGGCUGCUGCGGAGAAUCCUUAUUUGCCGCAUGUCUGACCUUCUGUUGCUAGAGAGGAAGAUUAUAUCGCAACUUGUUGAAGUUUCUUGGUUUUGUUUGGGAAGUAGGGAUAUCAAGUGGAAAUUGUCAAUAUAUGCAGAAAGAGAAGGUUCCAGGAAUGGAAAAACAAUACAUAAAAAAGCAUCAGUAGCUGACUGAGGGGCACAAAUUCAGGAAAAAGAGAAUAAGUAAAGAAGAAAAAUCAUACUCCUAACCAAGUUCCUCCUAUAGAUGUAUGUAAAGAUACUGUGUAUCUUUGAUUAAAUUUCUAUUGGUGUAAGAGUUCCUAAUGUGACUUGUUUUGUAUUAUACUUUUUUCUUAUUGCUAUAGAUUAAAUAUCACUAAUUUCAUGCUGUAACGACCAAGAACAAUCCUGGCCCUUGAGUUGCUCCUGAUAGCAAUUCCAAGUCUCUGAUUACAAAUGAUGAUAAAUAGCUCCAGGGAGAAACUAAUGGAUUUCCUCUUCAAGCCACUGAAUUUGGAACCUUCUGAUUGCUCCUUCGUCGAGCAGGAUAUUAAUAAAUGUCCAUUCUUGAGGAAUAUUGAUAAGCCAACCAACUUAUCUUUUGCUCCUUUGAAUUUUCCUAUUCCUUGUAAAGGAGCCAAAGGCCCAAUUUUUGAGGAUGGACCCAAUUUUGACUUGGCCUUCAAGCUUUUUCAUGGGAAAGAUGGGGUACUCCCUCUCUCACCUGACCUUGACAAAAUGGAAAGUGAGCCUGUGCCAGAAUUCAACCAUUUUGCAUCUAAAGCGGGAUCUAUCAGUAUGUCAGCAUUUGGACCAGGAGGGCCUUUUGGUUUCCAUUCUUUCUUUAGAAAGAAACUGAAUAAGGAAUCUGAGUCAUCAGGAAAGAAAGAGCAUUCCCCUAAGGGCGGUUCCUCAGAACACGAGGCACUUGGAAACGAGUGGUUGGAAACAGGAAACUGUCCGAUUGCCAAGUCGUACAGAGCUGUAAGUGGCGUUCUUCCUCUUGUGGCGACAGCUCUUCGACCACCACCAGGAAUCAAGCUCAAUUGUCCACCUGCAGUAGUUGCAGCAAGGGCAGCCCUCGCCAAGACCGCCCUUGUUAAAACCAUUCGUCCACAGCCAUUACCUGCAAAAAUACUCGUUAUUGGCUGCUUGGGCAUCGCAGCCAACAUUCCGCUGGGCAUAUGGAGAGAACAUACCAGAAAGUUCUCACUCUCAUGGUUCACUGCAGUACAUGCUGCAGUCCCUUUCAUAGCCAUGCUCAGGAAGUCUGUGUUGAUGCCUAAAACUGCCAUGGCAAUAACCAUUGCAGGUUCUAUCCUUGGACAGAUCAUCGGCUCGAGAGCCGAGCGCCUUCGACUGAAGGCGAAGGCCGACAGCGCCAAGCUGGUUGCGCAAGCUCCGCCGGCAGUUGUUUCGGGGUACGGUUCGGUCCAGGCGGAUGUGCUGACUGUUGGUCAUUGUGGGAAGCAGGGAGGCGAGUGGGACCCACUCGCCAACAAGAUUGCCAAGAUCUCAUCUCCACCACCUAGUGUGUGUUUCUGAAAUCACCCAUGGGCUCUAACCUAAAUAAUCAGUUGGGAGUAUAUUCAACCAGCUUCACUAAAUGAAGUCUUAAAUAUAUGUAUCUAAGACGUAAUGUGAAAUUUGGAAAUAUGAUCAUGUCUGGCAUCUUGUGCUGCUUCUGUUAA